AUGAAAAUUGUUGUUUCAAUUGGAAGUGGUAUUUCAUUUUUUUUUCUAUUAAUUACAACACUUUUAAUUGGUGUUGGAUUAUUUUGUCCAAUUUAUAAAGUUCAAUAUGAACAUAUGAAAUAUGGAGUAGAUAUAAAGGAUUCAAAUUAUAAUGCAAAAUCAACAAUUUAUUAUUUUGAUUAUUAUUUAGAGUAUGAAAUUAAUCCUCAUUUAGGUCCAUCAAUAUAUAGUCAAACUGUUGAUUUAGAUUUUUCAAGUAAUUUAGCAUCAUCAUUAAUUAAAAAAAAUGAAAACCAAAAAGAGCAUAUUUAUAAUUCAAAUAAAAAUAAUAAUAAUAAUAAAAUUGAAGAGAAUAGUAGCAGUAGUAAUAAUAAUAAUAAUAAUAAUAAUAAUAAUAAUAAUAAUAAUAAUAAUAAUAAUAAUAAUAAUAAUAAUAAUAAUAAUAAUAAUAAUAAUAAUAAUAAUAAUAAUCAAAUUCAUCAUAAUAGAACAAAUAUUAGCAAUUAUUAUAAUGUAAAAUUAAAUUAUUUUGAAACGAAUUCACCAUUAUAUCAAUUUUUUAAUGUUUUCAAUUAUUUAGGAAAGAUUGUAUUAUUUUUAAAAAUAAUUCCAAUAAUAUUAUUAGUUUGUAAAAUGACACUAUUUUUAUAUGGAAAUACAUUAAAUCAAAGAAAUAUUGGAGCAUUAAUUAAUUUUUCAAUGGUUUUAGUUCAAAUUGGUGUUUUAGUUUUUUUAUUUUUAAUGGUUUUCUUAUUAUUUCAUUUACCAAAAGUGUUUAAAUUGGAUGAUAAUUUUAAAACAAAUUUAUCAACUUUAAAUUUAAAUCAAACCAAUUCUAUAAAUGAAGAUAAUAAUUAUAAUAAUAAUAAUAAUUAUUAUUUUAAUCAAUCAGAAUUAUAUAAUUUUAAAUGGACAACUAUGGAUAUUGAUACCUGUAGAAUUAAACCAUUUGACUUUUUUAUUUAUUUUGGUAAAUGUAAAAGUUUUUCUGGUAAAAUUUAUAGUUUAGAUAGAUCAUUAAAUGAAUUAGAUUAUAGGUGGGGUCCUUCAAAAUCAUGGUUUCUAUCUUUGGUAUCUACUAUUAUAGAAUUUAUUGUAUUUUUUAUUUUUGUAAAAACAUUUACUGUUGAAAGUAUUUCACAAUUUAAUAAUAAUAAUAUACAUAAUAGGGAAAAUAAUGGAAAUGUUGAAAUGUCUUCAAUACCUUCAAAAAUGGUUUUAUUAAAUAUAGAAAUUAAAUCUGAUAUUUCAAAUGAAAAUUAA